UUCUGAAACAGACUGCAUGUUUUCUUACAUAUGAACUUAAGAUUGUUGCGCAACUUUGCACUUUCUUAACAUAGCCUACUAUAUGUAUGCCUAUAAGAAAUAUAUUUAGAUUAUAGUGAAUGUCACGUAGUUAAUAUUCUCUACAAUUCUGUUUACAGUGUAUCUUACUAAACGCACACAGUUUUUUCUAUUGUUUUAUCGAGCAUGCCCAGUUUCAAUGGGAAAAGGAGAUUCCAGUGCGUCAAUCCUGUCGUGUCCGCUAGAUGUCGCCAGUUUAUCCUUAGCAGCCCAACACAUGCUGUGGAGUGUGUUUCACUGCUGAAUGAUGUGAGAGAGAGCAAACUGAUCGGACUGGUGCAGCAGAACAACGAACAUGCGUUAUUCAUAUAUUCCCAUCGAAGAAUGGCCAUCACUGGUGAUGAUGUCAGACUGGAUGAAAUCAUACCCAUUUCUUAUGACUUCUCAGUUGUUGAAGUUUCAUCUCCAGAUGAGCUUGCUGUUGUUGGUGCAGAUACUCGGGUACGAGUGACUUUUUUUGAAGAGGAGUUGGAGCUGAAGUUACCCUUUGGUUCUCAAACCCGUCUCUUCCUCAGCGAAGUCAAUCGGGCAUGGAGUGAUGUCUGUGAGCAGUAUCCGAAGGACGAACCGAAAUUUGACUGGCUAACUAAAUACCGUAAGAUGUCAAAAGGAGCUCGAUCACUAAGAAAGUCAAUUGCAUCGACGACUGUCAAAAUGAGUCAAAUGAAGAAAUCAGAAAGAGCACACGCAGCCAACAACAGCGGACAUAAGAAAGAGGACGAGCGGACCAGAGACAGCGUGCAUGACAGUCAGGAGAGAGUGAAAAGUGAGGUCAGAGAUGACCUGAUCCGAAACUCGCAGCCCAUCCUGGCAAAUAAAUCCCAGAUGCUCGGCAUGCCCCAGUUCGGCCUGCGGGAUAACCUCAUCAAGUGUGAGCUCCUGAAGAACGAGGACGCCUACACCUACAUCAAGACCUACAGCUUCUUCUUGGGCACUUACAAUGUGAAUGGGCAGAAUCCAAAGGAAAGUCUCAGUCCAUGGCUGGCGUCCACAGCCACUCCUCCAGACUUUUACCUCGUGGGUUUCCAGGAGCUGGAUCUGAGUAAAGAGGCGUUUCUCUUCAAUGACACUCCUAAAGAACCCGAGUGGAUGUUAGCCGUCUACAAGGGCCUCCAUCCAGGUGCCAAAUACGCUUUAGUGAAGCUGGUGCGGUUGGUGGGCAUCAUGCUGUUGUUCUAUGUGAAGGCGGAGCAUGCGGCACACAUCUCUGAGAUGGAGGUUGAGACCGUCGGCACAGGCGUCAUGGGGCGGAUGGGUAAUAAAGGUGCAGUGGCAGUCCGCUUCCAAUUUCACAACUCCGACAUCUGUGUGGUGAACUCUCACCUCGCCGCACACACGGAAGAGUUUGAAAGACGCAAUCAGGACUUCAAGGACAUUUGUCGCAGGAUUCAGUUCAGACAGGACGACCCCACACUACCACCCCUCACCAUCAUGAAACACAAUGUUGUGUUGUGGCUGGGAGAUCUAAACUACCGAAUCAGUGACCUUGAAGUUGAUCAUGUGAAGGACUUGAUAGCUAAAAAGGAUUUUGAGGCCCUGUAUAAUCACGACCAGCUGAAACAGCAGAUGGAUGAGGAGGUUGUGUUUGUGGGCUUCACGGAGGGAGAGAUUGAUUUCCAACCAACAUAUAAAUACGACACUGGCUCAGAUCAGUGGGAUACAAGUGAGAAGUGCCGAGUUCCAGCAUGGUGUGACCGCAUCCUGUGGAGGGGAAAGAACAUUAAACAGCUUCACUACCAGAGUCACAUGACCCUGAAGACCAGUGACCACAAACCCGUCAGCUCUCUGCUAGAGAUCGGGAUCAAGGUCGUGAACGAGGAGUCCUACAAACGGAAGUUCGAAGAGAUUGUGAGACACAUUGACAGAAUGGAGAAUGAUUGUAUUCCUUCAGUUACUCUGUCUCAAAGAGAGUUCCUCUUCCAGGAUGUGAAGUUCAUGCAGCAUCAGGCAAAGACUGUGACCGUUUAUAAUGAUGGACAGGUGCCGUGUCAGUUUGAGUUCAUUCCCAAGCUAGAAGAGCCCACCUACUGCAAGCCCUGGUUAACAGCAAACCCUGCUAAAGGCUUCUUGGCUCAAGGUGCCAACGUGGACAUCGAUCUGGAGGUGUUUGUGAACCGCUCUACAGCUCCAGAGCUGAACUCAGGCCAGCAGCAGCUGGAGGACAUCCUGGUUCUGCAUCUGGACAGGGGGAAAGACUACUUCAUCUCCGUCACGGGCAACUACCUGCCCAGCUGCUUCGGCUCGUCUCUCAGUACCCUGUGUCUGCUGAGAGAGCCCAUCCAGGACAUGCCCCUGGAGACCGUCAGAGAGCUGAGUAUGAAGUCAAAUAGCCAAGAGAGUAACCCAGAGACUGAAAAACCUCAAGAAAUCCCCAAGGAGAUAUGGAUGAUGGUGGACCAUCUCUUCCGUUACGCAAGAAAACAGGAAGAGCUCUUUCAGCAGCCCGGCCUGCGCAGCGAGUUCGAGGAGAUUCGGGAUUGCUUGGACACGGGCAGCUUAGACACUCUCCCUGGCAGUAACCACUCUGUGGCUGAAGCCCUGCUCCUGUUCCUCGAUGCUCUUCCUGAACCGGUGAUCCCCUUCUCCUUCUACCCACAGUGCUUGGACUGCAGCUCAGACAGCAGCCAGUGUAGACAGAUCAUUUCUGUGCUACCUCAGUGCCAUAAAAACGUUUUUAACUAUUUGACGGCAUUUCUUCAAGAGCUGUUGAAGCACUCUGCACACAACCGGCUGGAUGUCAGUAUUUUAGCCCCGAUCUUCGCUGGCCUUUUGCUCAGGUCACCCACAAAGCAAGAUCUCACCGAGAAAAGAAAAGUGAAGGAGUUUUUCCAGCAUUUCUUGGUCCAGACGACCUCUGACAGAGACAUUGACGAUAAAUUACAGGAAUAAUGUACUGCAUGGUUUUGCCUUUAUUAUUUCACAUGCCUAGUUUUUCCAGGUAUCAGCAGAAUUAUGUCAAUAAACUUUGUAGUUGCCAUUUAAUUCAAAGCAUUUUAAACUGAUAUUGAAGCUAAUUUUGUUUUAUUGCGAAAACAAAUGAGAGUUUGUUAUUUAAUUAAAUAUAUUUGUAUUUUGAUGUUUGUAUAUAAAAAAACAGUUGUUCUUUUAUAUUAAAUCUCAACAAUGACAACACA